CUCAAUCUGAUUCAGCCUAGGCUGAAAUUCAGGCCAGUCUUUGCGAAAACCAGCAGCAAGGAAGCCGCAAGCGGCUCUUCUUUGUUCUUUGUUUGCUGUCACAAGGAGCUGUGGAUCUGGCUUUUCUCCCUCUCCUUCUCCAGAAGAUUGCUGUUUAUCCCUUUGCAUGGUAAUAUGCCGUCCACGUGCAGCUAAGUUGGAAGGCAGAGCUUUGACUGAGGCCCAAAGGCAUUUGUAUCCAAUAAAGCAGGAUGCCUCGGGCCAGGCCUCCUUUAGCUGAUAAGAGCACCAACGAACCGGAUGGCCGUCAAGAUGCCUCUAAUGCAGGAUACAAGCGGCUUGUUCGGAGCCUCAAAGACUUUCUGGAAGAAAUUGACCAUGAGGUUGAGGAGCGGUGCGCAAAGAUCAUGGACAUGGAACAGACCGCGAUCCAGGAGCUGCGGGAGCGGCUGACUGCGCUAGUUAUGGGCCUGCCAAGCAAGACCCGGAGCAUGGCGCUGGUUGCAUUCCGGGAGCAAAGUGCCGAGCCUGCAGUAACAAUGGGGCAGGUCAAUGCGCGGAUGCCGACUGGGGGCUCAGUAGCUGCAACUCCAGAGCCACAGAGUAAAGGCGGGCACGGCCAAGGGACUGCAGCACCAAUUGCUGACAUGCCGUCUGUAGGCAGGACAACCAGAAAACGGGCGCGCGAGCUGGCUGCCGGAGCAGUUGAGCAACCAGUUCCGGAAACAGGGGGACGAACGCUGCGGCCGCGGCAAUCUAACAGUCAAGCCCUGGCGACUCCAGUGAGCUCUCACAUCCGUGGAAGCAGCAGCACUGCCGCCACGCCCGCAACCGUGCGGCUUCCCCGGCCCAACGAAGCCGUCUUCUCCUUCAACGGGUCCCCCAUCGGCAGCUUCCAAGACGGUCUGCUCACUCCGUUGGCGUUCCGGCCUCAGCCUCAUGCCACCCCAAUGUUGACCGGAAUCAGCAGACCUCGCGGCCGGGGACAGUCGGAAGAGCCGGGGGCAGACUUGGCCAUCAGCAUAGACUUAGGGGGCGGGCGGGCGUUACAAAUCAAGAGCGCCCAGGAUUUAGACGCGCUGGACUCGGAUCUGAAACGGCUUGCAUACGAACAAGUGGAAGCUAUGAACGCGUUUACUGCAAAGCUGACAGCGAGGGUUUAGGCUGCUGGCGACCCGCGGAAACGGUCUAUGCAGCUGCAUAGGGUCGCAACAAUUAGCCACCAGAUGAGCCGUUUGAUCUAGGAAGUCGCAUUGGGUGUAGCGACCUGGCAGGGAGUAGCGGCUGAGUAACGUUCUCGGGCGAUCAUGCUAUUGGUCGUCUGUUGACGACGUUGUUCCAAGUUCACUAGUCACUUAAGGGCUUGUAAAAUGAAGGAUUCCGUCGUAAUUUUGGUAGCCUUUCCAUAUCCGC